CAGUUACAAGUUGAAUGUUGUGUAUAGGGUGAGAGAGAGAGAGAGAAGAGAGAAAUUGUGGAAAGCAUUGCCGGCUGAAGUGAUUCUUGUUUAGACCUGUUGUUCUGCUUUAUGACAUACAGAUUAUAAUUCAAGAUUAUAGAAAUUCGUGUUAAAAAGUAUUAUAUUUUUAAAAACUUUUCAUAAUGUCUACAGCAAUGGCUUCUACAAUGUCUGUUCAUACAGAAGAUGACCUGGAAGCUUAUAACGGUCAAGUGAAAUUGCUUAAAACUUUGGAGGGAAAUGGCAUUACAGCAGCCGAUAUUAAGAAAUUGGAGGAGUCCGGUUUCCACACUGUGGAAUCUGUGGCUUAUACGCCAAAAAAGGUCCUUAUUCAAAUUAAAGGGAUCAGUGAAGCUAAGGCUGACAAAAUUAUCCAAGAAGCUGCGAAAUCUGUUGUUAUGGGCUUCAAAACAGCAACAGAAAUCCAUCAGAAUCGUGCAAAUAUAGUUUACAUUACGACAGGUUCACAGGAGUUGGACAGACUUCUUGGAGGAGGCAUAGAGACUGGAUCUAUAACAGAAAUUUUUGGCGAGUUUCGUACCGGAAAAUCACAACUCUGCCAUAGUUUAGCUGUUAAUUGUCAGCUUCCAAUCGACAUGGGUGGGGCCGAGGGAAAAUGUCUCUAUAUUGAUACCGAAGGAACUUUCAGGCCUGAACGAUUAAUUGCCACAGCAGAAAGGUACAAGAUCAGUGGGGAUUCAGUUCUUGACAAUGUGGCGUGUGCCCGCGCAUUUAACACAGAUCAUCAGACAAAGUUAUUGAUUGACGCCACAGCAAUGAUGACGGAAUCCAGAUAUGCAUUGCUGAUCGUGGACAGUGCCACAGCUCUUUACAGGACAGAUUAUUCUGGUAGAGGAGAAUUAUCAGCCAGACAGAUGCACCUGGCGAGAUUCCUAAGAAUGUUGCUGAGACUCGCGGAUGAAUUUGGAGUUGCAGUGAUCAUCACGAAUCAAGUUGUCGCUCAAGUCGACGGAGCCGCGAGUAUGUUCGGCGGUGAUCAGAAAAAACCCAUAGGCGGUAAUAUUAUGGCCCAUGCCAGUACAACUAGAUUAUAUUUGCGAAAAGGACGAGGUGAAACGAGAAUAUGCAAAAUUUAUGAUUCUCCUUGUUUACCUGAAAGCGAAGCAACCUUCGCUAUUAACUCCGAUGGAAUUGGCGAUGCUAAAGAAUAGUUUUCAAAACUUGAAUUUCUAUUCACAAUACCAAAACUUUAUUAGUCCCACUACAAGUAUUCUAUUUUUCUUUUCUUACUGAACAAACGUUCUCUGAAAUUAUUUCAAAUUCUAGCAAGUGUACUGCAAAGAUAUUAUUAUUUGUAUAAUUGCUUUUUCUUAUUUCUAAAGUACGAUUAUAUAGAGACUAUUGUUCUUUAAAUAUGCUUUAUAUAUUUCCACAUUUACAGAUAAAUAAUUAUAACAAAUUUUUCUUAUUGUAAAAAUGUUUUGGACCUUUGACGCCGGUACGUCUUUUAACGAGCAACACUUGAUGUAAAAUCACUCUGACUUAAGAGCAAAAACAUUUCUCUAUUUUCAUAAAUUAUCUUUCAAAUAAAGGUUAACAUUGUUUUAUAGGAAAUCUAUACUGUGGACAAAUAAUAAAAAAUUAGAAAUAUUUUGUACACAAGAAAAA